AUGGUGAAAAUCAAUGUAUAUGCCGUAGCGGUGUUCCUAGCAACAUGCGCUGCGAGUGGAUCAGCUUUCGUCCCACAAGCCACUCAAUCAGUGAAUAAGGAUUCAGCUUUGAAUGCGCUUCCACCCAUGAUUAUCGGUCCCAUGAUUAAGCGAAUGAAACAACAGCAAGCUGAAAAGAAACAGCCAAUGAUUGAUGCUGAAGACGCAAUAGGUCAGGCCCCCGGAAUUCGAGUCGGAGGUUCAGCAUGGAAGUGGCCACCAAUCUGGCCCUAUGGCGAUGAUUUCUUCACUCCCACCGAAGAUCUGCCAGAAGCUGCCAGUCCGCAACAAUCACUUCAGAACAUGGCAGGAAUGAUGAACGGUGCACCUCAAUUACCCAAGCCUGAAGAUGUCGAAGUUGAUGAACUUGAAAAGUUAGACGUUGCGAAAUACUGGAGCGAAGAAAAGGGAGACGUUCGAACAGAACUCGAUGAAGAGGCUGCCGACAAAUUGACACAACAUUUUAAGUUCUAUUUGAAGCCUGGAAUGUCAAUUCUAGAAUUCGGUGCGGCAGAGAAUUCUUACUUUCCAAAAGAGUUGGAACUUGGCAGACAUGUUGGUGUCAGUUUGAACGAAAAGUUAAUGAAUGAAAACCCGUCGUUGACAGAAAAACUGGUGGUCGAUCUCAACAACGUUGUUCCAGAACGUGAUGUAGACUCUGAUGAUCUACGAAAGCUUAAAUCAGAACCUUUUGAUGCUGUCGUAAUGACAAACACUGUUGAUUUCCUCACCAGCCCGAGAGAAGUAUUCCGUACCGCAUGGUAUCUUCUCAAACCAGGAGGCAUCAUGCUUGUUCCAUUCACCACUAAAAACUCCAAAGAAUACGUUGGAAAGUUCGAACGGGCCCAAGUGAAGGCAUGGCGCGAAUUCAAUGACGAUCAACAUAUGUGGAUCGCUGGUUCAUUCUUCCAAUUCAGUGCAGGCGAAGGUUGGGAACAGUUGCUUGGAUUCGACAUCUCACCCGAGAGUGCAAAAGACAAUCUCGAAAACCCAGGUCCUCUCUCAAUGUUACAGGCUGGAAAAGACAACAACAUGUAUGUAGUUCAAGCCGUAAAAGCAGCAGCCGCGGAUGAUAUUGAUGAGAAAAACCCAGAAAAGUCAAUCAGUUCCAAAAUGUGGAUGCUACCAACGAUGGAAGAUCGUGACAAAAAGCUUACGGCACCUCGCCUUGCGAGAGGGUUUCAAAAAGCGACUUCCGAAGAAAAAAAGAGUUCAAUUGCUGCCAAUUUGGCUCUACUACCAAAAGUGUACGAAGCCCUUAUCAAGAUGGACCAAUUUUCUUUCACCUUCCAAGCGCAAUCACAACUGGCUGCUGAUCUGAUCUUGGAUCCCGAUUUCACUGCAAACGAGGAGCAAAUGAAGGCGUUAAAGCAAGGUCUUGGAUUGCUUACGCCAUCAAAGGAAUUUUGGGAACCAAUUGGCAUGAACACAGCAAAUAUUGCAUUGAGCGAAAAGGUCAAUCUACUUGCAUACCUUGUUCCUCGAUUCGGUAGUGGCGACGAGAAACAAGAUGAAGCACUGCUUGCAUAUGCUAGUGGUCUACCGCCAACCAUCGCCGUAGUUCGCAGCAAAUGCCCAGAUAUGCCUGAUUCUGAUGUCGAAUUGCUUGCAGCUGAGGUCCUGGCUGCUGAAAUCCUCAUUCCUGGCAGAUCAACAAGGGAGGAGUUUGCGGCGUGGUUGGGAUCCAUGAGCAAAUCUGACUUCGAAGGAAUUCUCAAGACUAGGAGAUCGUACAGCGAAGAGGCAUCGAGUGAACUCGCCGCAUUCCGGGCAGCGAGAGAAGCAGAAGAGCAAAGAAUCGAGGAGCUCCGAAAGAGAUACGCGGAGCAAGUAGAAAAGGCCAGGGAAGAACGAACUAUGGCGUUCAAUCCUAGAACAAAAAAGUUUCAGGUAUUGAACAAGGAUGAUGAGUAA